CCGGUAAGAACGUGGCAGUCGAGACUCGAGAGAAAGGGAAUUUCUCCUCCUCCACCAGCCGCUUUAUUUCGUUGUCUUCUUCUCACAACAAACCCCUCACACCUUUCUUCUUCUUCUUCUCUUCUCUUCUCUCUCUCUCUCUCAUCUUCCGUGUUUAAGAUCCUCACUCAAACGACGCCGUCUCCGCUCCGAUUCCUCAGCCACGUUAUUCAGGUUUCUUGGUGCUGUUGGUGUAUUGUACAUUAUUAUUUCUACAUGUGCUGGUUUCAGAAGUGUGUGAUUUCUUCUCUAUUCCAUUACAUUGUCUGAAUUGCAGAUGGUGUUGUAGAUCCUUUCCAAUCUUUGAUUAAAGGGGUGACUGACUAUAGGGCUCAUGAGUGACGGCUUUGGCAUGUUCUGUUUUCUCAGGACGUAUUAGCAUGAUAUGCCGCAGUUAUGGAGUGUUGUAAGCCAACUUUCAUAUAGGAAGAAAGAUAUCUUGUGCCAAAGAAUAUCUGUUAAGUGGAAGAAUUGUAUAGGCCUUGUUCAGCUGCAUUGUGUAUACUUUAGAUCAUGGUCAUCCUUCUUCUGAGGUUGGAUGGUUGUUUAGCAUGAAAUUGAAAUGGCCUAGCUAUUGUUCUGAGGAUAUUGUGGCAAUAGACCGGUCACAUCCAAUGUUUAGUUAUGCAAGAUGUCGUUCUGGGCUGUUUACAGAAAACUUAGGGAUGGUCAUGGAACUUUUCAUAUACCAUUCUUGUAGUUAUAAGUGGUGCUCUGAAGUGCUAAAAUAUGGAUGUUGGUAAACCUCAGUACUAUGAUACAAUCUACAUGUAACAUUUAAAUGUUCUUGUUGAGUGCUUGUUCUCUUAAUAUGGAAUCUGCUGUGGAAGUGGUACUGUUUAGUAGGGGCUGGUAUGAUGAGUUUAGAAGUACAAGUUUCAUAGAGCUUUCACAACACAUUAACAUGCACUAUGCAGACUGCAAUUUUGAACCAUUAGGGCAUAUCAUAGAUGGAGGAGGCUGCUAUAGUGCUAUGCUUCCUUGCUUAAAUGACAUAGACUUCCUUUUAUGUCAGUUUAGCUUCUGAUUCUGCAAGUUGGUUUGUCCAAUAAUGCAACAAUUCAUGGUUGGGAUUGGUAUAAUGCAGGAUGAUUCUUUAUUUUGAUGUGAGCUUAUGAGUUCGUUGACAUGGAAGCUGAUUGAUAGGCAUGAGUUGGUUAUAUCAUCUUCACUCAUGGGUCUAAAUGUUGAGGAAAGAAAUGAAACUAAUGUCAAGGUGUUGUUAACCUAGCCAGAUUGCAGGCACAAUUCAUUUUGCUUUACCUGUUUAUGGGGGAUGGAAAAUAUAUUACUUCCAUGUUCGAGCUUGUACAUCCUAAUUUUUAAUUGUCAUGCCUUAUUGGGGGGCAGUGGACAGUCUUAACAGGACAUACAAUUGUCUUUGGUUGUGAAGAAAAUUUAUUCAAAUUGGAUAUGGCAACAUGUUUCAAUUGUUGGUAUUCUGGUAAAAGGAAACUUUCUAUGUGGAGAUGGCCAUACUACUACAACUGUCUUUGAUGCUUUUGUACUUAUUUGGAAAUUUCCCUACUUUUAUGUAAAACCAAUAUACCCAUGAUUAUAGCUUGAUAGAUGAACAUAAAUAAUAAUGCGAUUGGGAGAAAUAAAAUAUCACAUGAAAAAUUAUUUAACAGUGAAAUCUUUGCACUUUGAAAGCAUAAUGACUGAUUGACUGUUUUGAUGUUUGGAAUUUGGAUAUCAUCUAGUAUUUGGAUUUUAGAGAAAUCUGAAACUGAAGUUUAAUAUUAAGUGAAAGCCAUGCUUAAUAUAAUUUUCUGAUGUUUGAUGUCUUCAAUAAGUAAUAGUUUAAUAAUACUUCACCAUUGAGUUUUUAUCAUCUUGUUAGUGUGUUUGGAUUAUCUUACUUUGUGUUAACAAAAACUUAAAAUAAAAAAUGCUCACUGAACUGUUUUUGUGUAAAAAUUAAGUAUAACAGAACAUAUCAGAUCACUGGAAUAUAAUCAAAAUUACAAAUACACGUGCUGAUGUUAGCUGCCAGCAUUUUUUAAACAAGUUUAUUUGAUUUUUCAUGGUUUGUUAAAGGUGACAUUUUGUGAAGCCUUCUCUGCUUCCCCCAAGGAAGCUAGAUUAUGAUUCUUUUAAAUUCCUGCUUAUAGAAUAAUGAUUUUAUGUUUUCUAUGUAAUAUAAUAUAAAUUAAUGCUAGACUUUACAGUUGUGCCAAUAUAAUAUUCUCUACUAUGAUAAUUCUAGUAUUAAAAAUACUGUCUAGUAGUAAACAGUUUUCUACAGUCUGUUUUAUGUGCUUUUAUCAAUGCUUUCCUCUACCUUUACUGCUAUUUUUUUAGAACCAUGAUAUCGAUACCUUUGCUAAUUUUCUACCUUUUCAGCUAAUUUAUUAGAUAUACCUCUCCAUCUUUCUCUCUCUUCUUCAUCUCUCAUAGACACAAUAUUUAAACUCUGUUCUUCAAGCAAAUUUCACUAUAAAUUGCUUUGUAUUUUUCCCAACAAAAGAAGUUGUGGAGUGAAAUAUUGUGUUUCUUUUGCUGUUACUUGGAUUUACUUAUUGUUUAAUGUUUCUUUGGCCUUGUCGUGAUUAAUGAUUAGAGGGUUAGGAGUAUUUCCCUCUACGUGUGAAAUGUCUGUGCAUAGUUGAUCAUUAUUUUCGAGUGCAGGAAAAGAUUAGAAAAUGCUAACACCUUCUAACACUUGCUAAACCUUGCUCAGGUAAUAUCUGAAACGUUAGUCAUCCUAUUUUCCAAUCCUUCCUCUAUUUAUUAAGUCAAUCCUAACUCUUGCUGCCAUUCAUGAGAAGCUAGAGUGAGGAUCCAUCAUCUAAUUUAAAUCUCAGUGAUGUCAUUUUUAUCUUCCUUGUGUUUAUAUUUUUCCAUCCUCUGUUUUCUUGCCUCAGACUAGAAGGUGCUCUUUCUGUAUCAGUGGAUUGAGGCAUGGGUAAAUGGCUUCAAGUUGUGAAUUAUUUGCAGAUCUGACUUAUAUACACUGUCUAUUUUGACACCCGGAGAUUGCAAUUGAUAGUUAUGGGGCAUAGGCACUUAUAUAACCCAUCUUCGUUGUUUGAGGGUGAGCCUGACCAGAAUUGGAAUCAUAUGCAUACUGAUCAACAUUAUGUGCACCUUGGUAGGACUAGCACUUCAGAGAAUGGUUCUUUUAUUUAUCCUGCAGAAAAUAUGUCUGUAGAUGGCAUUUCUUUCCCCUCUCAUUGGAACUCUUCCACAAGAUCAAAUGGAUAUGCAUCCUCAAGUCUCAACAUUGAUUUACCUCCUCACCAGUCAGAUGCAUCAGGCUCUUCUAAUGAUCAUUUUGUGCAUUCGUCUAGUGCUGGAGCAUUCUUUGCCAUGCCUGAAAAUUAUGUACACCAGCCUUCUUCCAAUUAUGACAGACAAACAUUUCAUGUUGAUGGUGGUUUUAUUGAUCUUACAAUUGGAAAUGGACAAGGGCCUCACAAGCGUAAGAGUCCUGGAAUUCCUUCAGUCUAUGAGAGAGGUGGUACAAGUAGAUACUUUAAUGCUGGGAGUUCAUCUGAUCUUCCUAUAUCUUCAGAGUUAUGGCAGGAGAAGCCAAAUAUUGAUUCUCAAUAUAUGCCCUGGGAUCAUUUUAAUAUGACCCCCGCAUUCAGGGGUACUGGCCUUUCAAUAAAGGGUGAGGGUUCUCUGCGGAAUGUGAGGAGUCGUUCUGCACUUGAUUUGGAUUCUGACCUGGCUAGGACCCAUUUAUCAGGUAAUCAUUCGCACAACUACCCUACUGUUCCACCAGUGGGCCAUUCUGGCAUGGUGGAUCUUUCUAGUCAGACUUCUACUACAUUGACAAGAGAUUGGAGCCAAAUGAACAUACCUCCAGCUAAUGGAAGGGUGUUGUUACCAGAUGCAAGUGCUUUUGGUCUUGAGACUGGUCAUUUCCUUGUUGGAAGUGGUGCUACUACUAGCAAUCCUUCGGUUGAUAUUGGGGGUUUCCAUCAUGAAUUUGGUACCAGCAGAAAUCCUACUGCUCCUCAAAGUUUUCAUAAUAAUCCAUCUCAGACUGCUAGGGGAAUUCGAAGCAACUAUUCCCAGAGAUCCACUCCAACUUUUAGGGCUUCUUCAAGCUUGCACUUGGGACAUGGGACAUCUGAUGAUGGAUUGCCUAUGGUAGCUGAAAGUUACCCUUCUAGACAUCCAAGGCCAUUGAGCACCAUUGGCUGGCGGAAUGGUGAUAGAAAUGGGAGGUCAAGAAUUUCUAGUGAAAGAUAUCGAUCAUUGACUGAGGAAAGUGGUCUCCAUGAUCGAUUUUCUUCUGAGGGUUUCAUGGUUGUUGAGCGUGCAUCACUGUAUGGUUCCAGGAAUAUGCUUGAUCAGCACCGAGAAAUGAGGAUGGACAUAGAUAACAUGAGUUAUGAGGAACUACUUGCACUUGGUGAGAGGAUUGGCUAUGUGAACACAGGACUCUCUGAGGACGUGCUUUCCAAAUGUUUGAUGGAAACAAUACAUUGUUCAUCUGAACAAAAUCAAGACGAAGGAAACUGUGUAAUAUGUCUGGAAGAGUACAAGAACAUGGACGAUGUUGGAAAACUUAACACUUGUGGACAUGACUACCAUGUGAGCUGCAUCAAAAAGUGGUUGUCUAUGAAGAAAUUAUGUCCUAUCUGCAAAGUAUCUGCUUCGCCUGAGGAUACGAAGGAUGAAUAAAUUCUACUGUAGUAUAAUAAUUAAUCUCAUUUUGUGUAUAUAUUUUGGACAUCUCUCAAUCUCAAAAUGGAGGAAACAAACUUGCUUUUGGAAAUGUUGUAACAGGAAUGCUACUUUAUGUCAAUGUAUUUGUUUUCGGCUUCGAUAUCAAUUACGCGAAGCCUUGAA